AACGGCACUUACGCAUCCACACAGGUGAGAAGCCUUACGUCUGUGAUAUCUGUCAGGCACGCUUUACACAGAGUAACAGUCUGAAGGCACACAAGCUGAUUCACUCGGGGAACAAGCCCGUUUUUCAGUGUGAGCUGUGUCCCACCACUUGUGGAAGACGGACAGAUCUAAAAAUACACAUGAUGAAACUCCACACCAGCUCCACCCCACUGCAGUGUAAAAAAUGUUCUGAGACCUUCCCUGAUAGAUACUCCUGUAAAAUUCACAUGAAGAGCCAUGAGGGGGAGCGAUGUUUUAAGUGUGAGCAGUGUGACUAUGCCGCCAUGUCCUUACGUCAUUUAGAGGCACACAUUUUAACACACACAGGAGAGAAACCCUUCGAAUGUGAUGAGUGUGAUGCCACUUUUCGACAGAAACAGCUACUUAAACGCCACAAAGGCCUUUACCACACUGAUGAAGCUAGCUUAGGAUCACCAACAAAGGAGGGCAGAUUGAUUAUUGCAAAAGGAAAUACUGAUGAGAAUAGGCCAAAGUCAGAUAGCAUGGAAUCCUCUUUAUCCAGUGAUCAACUUAUCCAUGGAAGUCUGCUCACAGAUCUGAAGGCUGGUCGCCUAGGGAACAUGCCCAAAGUUGUGAUCGUACAUCCGGAUGGCAGCGUGGAGGAGGUGACUACUAAGCUCCACAGUCUGGCUCAGGACAAGUCCAUGGAGGAGGUCAUGGUGGCCAACAAUGAUAUCAUCAAGGAUAAAGCAAUGGAGGAAGCCAUGAUGCAUAUUGUAGGCGAUGAGACUCAGGAAUCAGAAAAUUCCAAGUCAGCUGUCCCAGAUGAUUACACUUUUACUGUGGCACAAACAGGGGACCGGGAGCUAGAUGGAGCCCCCAUUCAAACCUACACCAUGAUUUCAAAUGGAUCUCAAAUUCUGAGAGAUGAAGGUACACAGGCAACCUUGGAGACAGACAGUGAACAAAGUAAUGAAUCUCAGAACAACAUAGCCACUCUCAUCAGCAGCCAGACAAUUCAGAAGACUGCCGACACAAUUCUAGUCAGGAGCAAUACAGAUAGUAUUCCAGCUCUCCAAGAUGAAGUCGGCAUGAAAAUCGACUUGCCAACAACCCUAGAUGUGAAUGGAGAAGCCUUGACCUUCUAUACUAGUCCUUCCAUCAUCACAGCACAGGGGCUGAGUUUAGAAACACUGGACAGUUGUAAAAAGAGAAAAGAACUGGAGGACCUGGGUACAGAAGCCCAGAAUAAAAAGAUUUGUACAGAAGAAGGGGCAAAGAAUUAAAAAACUUUUAUGUUGAUAUGUUAUUAUAUUUGUGAUAGUAUCAUGUUUACUUUGGUGAAAGAUAUAAGGAAUUGGAAUGUUUUUGAAAAUUGAUUAUCUUUACAAAAUAUGCACUAAUAAACCGUAUGUUAUUGAAUGUUCAUUUGUUUAUUUGUAAAUAAAGAUAUACUUGUAAAUGUUCAA